AUGGCUGCGAAACUGAUUGAUCGCCGAUUCCACAACGUACCGGGAAAGCUCCGGGUCGCGGAGCUCUUCUUCGACGUGCCCGUCGACUACAGUAAGCCCAAUGAUGGCACAUUGCGACUUUUUGCUCGCAGCGUGAGUCGUCUGAAUAAACCCGUCGAGCCCACCAAGGAAGAAACCAAGCUUCCUUGGCUGGUCUAUCUUCAAGGCGGCCCGGGCUUUGGAUGCGGUGCCCCGCAGAAUUACGGCUGGGUUGAGCUGGCGCUCAACAAAGGGUACCAGGUUCUUUUUCUGGACCAACGUGGCACAGGCUUGAGUUCUACCAUCACGGCAGCAACCCUUGCUCGCCACGGAAAUGCGAUCAAACAGGCCGAGUAUCUCAAGAACUUCCGCGCGGACAGCAUUGUUCGUGACUGCGAAGCGAUUCGUCGUUUCUUGACCGAGGACUAUCCCGAAAACCAGCGCAAAUGGAGUAUCAUCGGCCAGAGCUUUGGUGGGUUCUGCGCGGUGACUUAUUUGUCGAAGUUCCCGGAGGGACUGAACGAGGCUUUCUUGUGUGGUGGAUUGCCUCCCCUUGUUAAUGGCCCGGACCCCGUCUACUCGCGAACCUAUGAGAAGGUUGAGCAGAGAAACCGGGCGUACUAUGCCAAAUUCCCCGAGGACGUGGACCGCGUCAAGAAGAUUAUGCGCUACUUGGCAGAAAACAAGAUUGCCUUGUCUUCGGGAUGGUUGACCCCAUCUCGUUUCCAACAGUUUGGAAUCUUGUUCGGCUUCCAUGGUGGUCUCGAUUCUUUGCAUGAUAUCGUGCUACGAGUAUGGAACGACUUGGAGAUAUUUGGUUCUCUCACCCUCCCGACCUUGUCUGUAGUUGACAGCAACGGCGGCAUGGACAAGAAUAUCAUCUAUGCUAUUUUGCACGAGGCCAUUUAUUGUCAAAGACAACCAUCACUGUGGUCUGCGGACAGGCUGCGCGCCGCCAACCCGAUCUUCCAAAUCGACGAAUCGCAACCUGAGAUCUACUUUACCGGAGAAAUGGUCUACAAAGACAUGUUUGACUCUUACUCGGAGCUCAAACAAGUCCAAGAGACGGCAGCCAUUCUCGCCAACAUCGACUGGCCCGCGCUCUAUGACGAGGCCCAGCUGGCCAAAAACGAAGUGCCCGUAUAUGCGGCAACCUACAUCGACGACAUGUAUGUCCAUUUCGAUCUGGCGUCCAGCACUGCCGUCAAGAUCAAGGGCACCAAGCAGUUCAUCACCAACACCAUGUACCAUGAUGCGCUGCGCAGCAGGUCGGGCGAGGUCAUGCGCCAGCUCUUCAACCUCCGGGAUGAUUCAAUCGAUUAG